AUGAAGGCAGCUGCUCCGAGAACACGAGAACAGGUUUCUGCCCAAGCCAGAGCCGACCGACCAGGACUCCCAAGACCAGCCCUUCACCCUGGUAACUCGGUCCUCCUUAAGAACCUACAACCACAAGCCUUGGAGCCUAGGUGGACGGGACUUCACGCUGUAAUCCUCACAGCCCCCACUGCGGCCAAGCUGCUUGGCGACCCCAGCUUGAUGACCUGUCCUGGCACCGCCUCUCCAGGCUCAAGAGGACCCCGGAGCAACAUGACAUCUAUAAAUGUGAGGUGUUGGGCCCCACUAAGGUCCGCCUUAACCGCCCUACCCUUCUCCUUCCUUCUCCCGGCCCUGAGCAACCUACACCCACCCCCACCCGCUUAUGUGUGGAGGUUCAAGGUCCGUGAAACCUACUACCAGAACGGCAAACAAGUCACCUGGCAGCAGAACCCAGACAGAUGUAAUCAAGAUGUCAACACCUAUGGGGUUGCCACGGGAGAGACUGCAUACCACACCGCAGCCAGUCUCACCAAGGCCAGCCCAGGUACCUUCUUUUGGUGCAACGGCACCUUAAGGAACUGCAUGAACUCCUCUGACCCCGGGCCUUGCUUCGUGGUCACAGUAGUUCCCCAACUAACCUUGUAUGGAGAGUCGGAGCUCACUGGUUGCUCCCUCCAUCCCAUCCCUGGACCCGCCGGGCUGCCUUCCUCCCUGUCAUGUUAGGGGUGAGUAUCGCUGCCUCAGUAGGCCUCACUGGGGGGCCCUCGGGAACAGUCUGGUCACUGCUCAGUACUUUAAUGACAAGCUCCAGUUAGCCCUGGAGUCUACUACUGCCUCUUUUAGCCUCCCUACAGCAGCAAGUGACAUCAGUAGCCCAAGUAGCCCUACAGAACCAGCGCUCCUCAGACUUCUGGAUGCAGAAAAAGGAGGAACCUGCAUAUUCCUUCAGGAAGAAUGCUGUUACUACAGUGAGUCCGGAGUAGUGGAGCAAAACGUAAACGUACAGACCCUGACUAAGCUGAGUGAAGAACUACAUGCAGGACACUUCCAGGACAACUCUCCUUCCGGCUGGUUCCAAAGCCCUUAGCUACCUGGGUCCUACCCAUGAUAGGGCCCCUGAUUCUCAUCUGUGUCUUUUUUCUUCUAGCCCCCUGCCUCCUCAAGUUCAUCCACUCCCGGAUCACGGAGAUGUCACGGGUGACUGUGAAUCAGCUCCUGCUCCAUCCCUACGCUCGGCUGCCCUCUGAUCUGCCUCUGCCUAACCCUGGCCUUUAAACGCCCCCCUCGUGGCCCUUAGCCAGCUGGAAGCAGUUAGAACGAGUCACCGUCCUUUAUCACCAAAAGGCCGGGAUGUUAGGUCGGAGAGAGCCCAGGAUCGGAUACAUGUGAUGAGACAAUGGACUUCCCCUGGCAUUUCUGGCAGAUCAGCGUGCCAGACACAGAUACAGGCUUCUCCCUGAAUCCACAAUGACCCCCACACAGAUACUGACUCAUUCCUGAAUACCUGGCUGACCCCUGCAGCUGAAACUUCCUCAACUGAAUACCUCAGCUCAUGUCCCCGCCCCUCACCCAACUGCAGUAUAAAAAAAAGCACCCCCCUCCCUGUUGGCGUGAAUCCACGUGCCCUGUCCUUG